CGCUCGCUCGCACGGGUGGACGAUCGAUCGUUUUUUAUUCACACCCGCGGACGGUGAGUGGAAAUUACGAGAAACAACAAACGAGACAAAAAUUGUUUUCCUGUAAAACGUGGAAGAAAGGAAAAGGAUCCCGAUAUGCGAUUGACAGCAUCGAUAGGAGCGAUAGUUCUGCUGAUUGGAUGUUGCGCGGCCAAUCAAGACUUCUUAACAAAUUCCUUGAACGAGUGUGUAAAGGCGGAAUCAUGGAUAUCCUGUCUCAAACAUCAAAUUUUGAGUUAUCUCGAUAACAAAUUGGGAACUGCUACGGAAGCAAGAUCGCUCGAAACCGUCGACGAGGCGAUUGUUGCCAGAACCAUCAAGUAUAUGAAGAGUUACGAUUAUGGUGUCGAUUUACCCUUCGUCGAUGCUAGUUUACAAUAUAGACCCAGCAGAAGUUUGAUCGAUCUUGACGUCGAAUUCAAGAAUAAUGACGUAGCCACCAGUCAAGCUAGAGGACUUUUGAAGAAAAAGCUUUUACUACCAUUCUUGCUGUUGCUGAAAUUAAAGUUGAAGGCUUUAAUGCCCAUUUUUGUCGCCAUUAUUGGAAUAAAAGCGUUAAAGGCUCUUGUCCUGUCGAAGCUCGCUUUGCUCAUUGUGAUCGGAUUUGUUGCUUUUCAGCUUUUCAAGAAAGGCGGCAUGAUGAUGCCGAUGGGAAUGUCUGUAGAACCGGCGUCAACAUAUGGUGCUCCACCCUCGACGACGUCGAGCUAUGAUCCUGCCAAUACGUGGGACGGCAAUGGUCCAUAUUCCCGUGUUUGGAUGCCAACUAAUGGCGUGGAAGCCCAAAAUCUUGCUUACAGUUAUUAUUCACCCGGUGGCAGCUCGAGUUCGUACAACUCGGCAAGCGGCUCUUCGGCAUCCUCUUCAAGCAGCUCAACGAAUUAUUAAAGUCGUUCUAAUGCCCGACUUCGAUGUUACGAUGCAUCGAUCGCCCAAUAUUGCUCUCGAACGAAUUAUCGAUCACGUCAGCAAAUAAGAUACGACCAAAGAAACGCCAAAUAAUUACGAAGUAGAUCGCGAUCGAUGCUGACAAGACGUCAGUUUUGUUGAGAGUACUGUAUUUAAAGACUGUCGACUCUGCGUCGGCUAUAAUCGUAAAAUUAUUUUGUCGAUUUAACAAAAUAAUCUCCCUUUAGCUCGAUGUCGAAUUAAUUUGUCGAGAAGUCAGUUGCGCUAAGUAAAUUUUUGAUAAAAUUUAAGGAUCCGAAAUAUUUUUCUCCUGGCCUAUUGUCAAUAUUUGCAGUACGCAUCUGACGAAAAAAUUAGAUCAAACUUAAAAAAUUUUUAAGAAUUUUUCACAAAAGUUGCAGUUUCUCUUUGAGUGUAUACAUGUUAAAGAUAAUUAGCAAUCACUUGUUAUAUAUAUGUAUAAAAAAAGGAAAGAUAUUCGCGAUGAUUAUGAUAAUCCUCAAUAUAUCACGGGAUAUAUUUGCAAGAUAAUGCGAAAUUAUCAUUCCUUCGCUAAACUUUUUUAUUUACUGUGUG